UAGUGUAAAUCGUAAAUGUGUAAUACGGUCGACAGAGGACGGACACGUAUCGAACCGGUGGCGAACGGGCAGAUAUACAACCCAAGGCAAAGUACAAACCAAAAUGCCACCUCUCCGAUAAUUCUAUGCCGGGCCCGAGGUGCUCUCCGCUGCGACGACCGUGUACGUGCAGUUUUGAACUUGACACGCUAUCGGGAACACGGUUUUUGUAGCGACGAUUAUCACUUACACCUUAAGGCGCCUUACUUGGCCAAGUCUUGUUGGAUCGAUUCUGCUCAUAUCGACGACGACGACGACGAAAUACGUUUCGUUUUGCAUGAGCAGUGUACUUUUAAGAUUCCAACAAUGAAGCUGAAGGACGUGGAAUUCGCGCCCCUGUACGUGCCGCUCAAGCGGAGGCUCGAGACGCUCGCGGCCGCCGGAUGGAUUUACUUGGUGGUAUUUGGAGGACUAACCGGAUGGGCUGUUUUCUUGUACAUUUUAAUGGCCACACGGUUUUGGUGGGCAGCACUCAUAUACGGUUUAUGGAUCUAUCUUGACCGGUCUGUAGCGUCAAAUAGCCCGAAAAGAUUUCGCUUUGUAAGAAGAUUGGCAUGGUGGACCCACUUUAAGAACUACUUUCCAGUAUCUCUAGUAAAGACUCACGAUUUGCCAGCUGAUAAAUCGUAUCUAUUUGCCACUUACCCUCACGGUGUAUUGUGUGCUGGAUCAUUUUCUAAUUUUGCGACAGACGCAGGACAAUUUUCCGAACUGUUUCCCGGUCUCACGUCGUAUCUUAUAACGCUCAGUUUACACUUUAGCAUGCCAUUUAGCCGUGAAAUUGGCAUAGGUUUAUGUCUUCAAGAAUCAUCUGAAAAAAGUUUGAUGAAUUUAUUGGAUAAUAAAAAAGGGAACGUUGCUGUUCUUAUGGUAGGAGGUGUUUCCGAAGCGUUUAAGUCUUUUCCAGGGCCGUACCAUCUCAUAUUAAAAAAUAGGAAGGGAUUUAUCCGAGUGGCAUUACAAACUGGGGCGUCUUUAGUGCCAGUGUUUUCUUUUGGUGAGACAAGUGUCUACGGAUUGGGCGAAGCGGAGCCAAAUUCAUUCUGGGAAAAAGUGUUGAAAUUAAUCAAAUGGAAAAGCGGAAAUAAAGUACCAGUAGGACGUGGAUUUUUCCAGUAUAGUUUUGGUCUUGUGCCCCGCAGACAUCCAAUUGUUACUGUUGUGGGUAAGCCAAUUGAUGUACCAAAAAUUGUUAAACCAGAAAAAGAAGAUAUUGAGAAGUACCACCGAAUAUUUAUUGACGAAUUGACCAAACUAUUCGAAGAACAUAAAACUAAAUACUCGAAACAUCCCGAUGAAAUGGAGUUGGUAUUGGAUUAAAUAAAAUAUGUUAAAUUAUAUUUUUUUACAGUCUAUUUUCCUGAAAAUUAAUUUAUAGUUAUCUGAUAUUCUUAAUGUUGCAACUGUUUACUUGUUAUUAUUGUAUUCCUUUAAAUAUUUUUUAUUUGUAUUUAAUUUAGUGAUUUUAUUUAGGUGAAUGUGUCUUAACUGUAAUUGAGCUCAGUUUUAAUUUUGUAUUUGAAUUAUAAAGUACCUGCCAACCUAAUUCAAAUUAUAAUUUAUGUUUGUUAUAUUACAUAACUGUAUACGUAUAAUACAAAGAGCAGUUAAAGUCUA